AAAACGCGGUGCGGCGAUGCCUCGUGCGCGGCAGCUUCGGCUGAGCUUUCAGUCGGACGUUCGGCCGCGUUGAAAGCUCACGAAGUUCGUUUGCUGGUUGUUGUUUGAUUGUUCGUUCGCUUGCUCACGCGCAUCUUGCUGCGUUACAUCGGAUCGUCGUCGUCGUCGUCGUCGUCGUCGUCGUCGUCGUCGUCGUCAUCGCCGUCGUCGUCGUCGUCGUCGUCGUCGUCGUCGUCGCCGUUGCGAGGCUACGUGGUGGUGGACUUACAGCUAGUGGGAAAAUGGCGACCGUGAUGCGAUAUAAAUGACUUUGGACGAAAACUCAAUCGUAUAAGCCUGGCGUGAUUCAUUUGAAACAUGGGGACCAUGGAGUUCUCGGAAGACUAAAUGGUUAUCGAACGAGAUGAUUUCGAACGAAAAUAUUGCCCGUGUCUAGGACACUCGUUUAAUUUUUCAUGAAAACUCAUCCUUCCCUUAUAGAGAUUUUUCGAGAGAGUUGAAAGAAAAAAAGCCGAUAGUCCUGACUGAUAUAAUUUAAUCAAUAUGGAAAAACUUCACAGUUUGGUCGCGUACUUGCUGGAGAACGUGUGACGGAUUUAGACUGGAAUUCGAUUGUCAACCAACAAUCGACCCGAGCUUGAGGAUGGAUAUCUGUAGAAUGGACUAAUGGUAUUAAAUGCUCGCAUGAGGUGUUCUUCAUUUCUUAGCUGAGUGACGAUUGCAUUGAUCGAUGCCUGCUUCGAUGGCUUGAUAAAUUUUCACAACUGUUAACGCGAUAAUGCAUUUGUACUUUGAAAAGAAUAACAAUGCCAAGUGCGAUUGUAACAUCUUGUCGCUCAGCUGGAUGGGCAAGGUGCCGGACGAGUCACCGGAGGACGACGGAUGGAAACUGGACCGUACAAAUUACUACCAGGAAGGAUGGCUGGCCACUGGUAAUGCUCGUGGUCUGGUGGGAGUGACUUUUACUACGUCCCAUUGUCGAACGAGAGCCACAGAACUUCCGCUAAGGGCAAAUUACAACCUUCGAGGCCACCGUAGCGAGGUAAUAUUAGUGAAAUGGAACGAGCCAUAUCAAAAGUUAGCCUCGUGUGAUAGUUCCGGCGUGAUCUUCGUGUGGAUCAAGUACGAGGGAAGAUGGAGCAUAGAACUAAUCAACGAUAGAAGCACCCCAGUUACUCAUUUCUCUUGGUCUCACGACGGACGAAUGGCUCUUAUAUGCUACAGGGAUGGAUUCGUGUUGGUUGGCAGCGUCGCUGGUCAAAGGUAUUGGUCAUCAAUGUUGAACGACAAAGCUACCAUCACCUGUGGUAUUUGGACGCCUGACGAUCAACAGGUAUAUUUUGGGACAACGGCUGGACAAUUAAUAGUAAUGGAUGUGCACGGAGCAAUGGUGUCCGAAGUACAAUUGGCAGCUGGUGUCACCUCGAUGGCUUGGAGUGCCGAGAAGUUUACGAUGGAAGAAGGAGAUGACGAUUUAACGAAUGAUAGACCUCAUAAAGACGAUCGAAAUUACGUUCUGGCGGUUUGCCUGGCUGACGGGAGCAUCGUUAUGUUGCGUUCAUUCGACGACGUCUCGCCUAUCACGAUACGUACAAAGCUGAAAGCUCCCUUGCACGCGGAAUGGAGCAAUUCUAGAAAAUUGUUGGCAAUCGCGGGAACGAAGGAUACGGAUAACGGUCAGAAUAGCCCGCACGAAUACACGAAUCUCUUAAAGUUUUAUUCAGUGGCCGGUACCCUUGUGUACACCGCUGCGAUACCAUACACGCAGUGUGCAGUAUCGGCGCUCACAUGGGGUCAUAACGAUAGAAGACUUUUCGUUGCGACCGGGGCACGCGUUCACGCAGCAUGGGUGUCAAGACGAGUAGGUUCUCUGCAAUUGCUGUCUCGUUUAGCUGUAAGAGCAUCUUUGACAAGAGAAUCGAAUGUUCAGCAACUUCCAUUGCCACCGAGAUUAAGAGCAUCAGUGGCUGCUCUCUUCGCCAGCACAAUAAGAUGUUCCGUGCCAGAACCAAAGGAAUUAAGACGUUUUGUGUCGCGUCCACCUCCAGGGGGUGGAAGAUUACAUUGCACCAUGCUCAGACACGCCGUGGUACCGGUACCAUGUUAUACGCUAUAUUUAGAGUAUCUAGGUGGUCUAGUGCCUCUUCUAAAGGGCAGAAGGACAAGCAAGAUCAGGCCAGAAUUCGUGAUAUUCGAUCCACAAAAUCAAGAUACUCUUCAAGUCGUGGAAGACACGUCACAGUGUCCGUCGUUUAGUGAUGGUUCCGAUACAGAGAAAGACACGGCCGACCUGUGUGGAUCACCCAGGAACAAAAGAAAAAGCAGGAGAAAAAAAGAAGAAAAAUCUAACGAAGAAACUGACGAUCUUAUCUACGUGGAUACCUUACCCGAGCACGCGAGGUUGGUCGAAGUAACGUCCAAUAUUUGGGGCACGAAAUUCAAGUUUCAUGGUCUGGCGGAUUCGGUGCCCGCCAACUUGGGUCAAGUUACUUAUCGAACGUCGUUGCUCCAUCUACAACCACGACAAAUGACUUUGGUGAUGACGGAGCUGCGAGAUGACGUGCCUGCAGGCCCAGAUCCAACAUUCAACCCGAAUUUGUUCUCCGAAGACGAAGAAGAAUCGUUCCAGGAAUUUCAAGCUGCCUCGAGAAACACGUCCGAAGCGCAGCCUCCUCCGAUCGCACCAAUGACGCCCCGAAACACGCGACUUAAUUCCAAUCGCCCAAAAUCACAAAUUUCCAAUCAGUUUAUGACCAACGAGUCUUUACCAACAGCUUUGUCCAGGGUUGACAAUUUCGAAAACGAGUUACCUUAUGUGGACUUACAAGAAAUGGGCAAUCUGUACGAGAACUUAAGAACUGCGCCCACAAACACUUAUCGAACUCCACCCAGGCACAAUCCACCGAGAUGUUGCGACGUACCGGCUCUUCAAUCUCCGAAAAAUGCGGUCGCGCCCACGCAGACUAUAAUCGCAACGUCGAACCCGGGUACCGAUUACUCGAAUAACAUUCAGAGGAUGAAAACCGCCCUUGCCGAUCAGCCAGGACUCGUCUCGAAGAAGGAGCUCGAGAAUAACAAAUUUAAUCAGAUUUCUCAGGACGAUAAAACUGUUUUAACGUCUAACUGUCCAUCGACUAUCAUUCCCAUGCCAAUGCACAAUGGACAGGCCUCGAAUACAGAAGCAUCGAGCAGUCAUUCUCAGGGAGGUGUCAUUGUAAAUGGUCUGAGCACAAACAGCAGCUGUCCUCCUCAGUCGCAAACAAUAUUUCUUAAUGGACUGCACAAUAUCGCAUGUUCGAGUAACGUGAACGAAAUUCAGGGUAAAAAUAACCAUAACGUCAGCAGUUCGACAAACAUUAGUCAAACACCGUAUCAGGCGAACAAUCAACACGGAACGAAUAAUAGUCCUUUCGGCAAGAAUGGUAUACACUUGUCGAGCAAUCAUUCGCCGGCCUGUUCUUAUCAAUUUCCAGAAAACAUCGAUCAAUGUAUCGGACAAUCUUGUUCAUACUGCAUUACGAAAUUAAAAGAUCCCACAAAGUCUCACUCAGAAUCGUGUAGUAAAACAAACGCCAGUCAAUCGAAUACUUGUAAUUCUACGACCGACCGGGUCGAUGAAAUGUGCUUCAUCGACGAAGAGUGUCGCGGCGAAGCAGAAGCGUUCGAUCAGUCGCGUGGAGUUCACAGAACUCAGACGGUUGUCAGUAUCGGUCCACUCUGCGUCAACGACUCUAUAGUCAGAAGUUGCAGUGUCGGUUAUUUGGACAUGGUGGACGCGCAACUGGUCCCUUGCGAUAUCGCCUUAAAAAUGCUUAGAAAAGAGGCACCUAAUAAGAGACUAGUUUUGGUAUCGAGAAAAACCAAGAGGAGAAAAAAGAAUAAAACUCAACAAGAGAUUGGACAGCAAUCUUCAAAAUCGCCGAGACUUCGUAACUGUGGCAAAUCAAAAAGUUUAGACUCUAGUGACAUAUUUCCGCCUAACGAACAAAUAUCAUUGCCACCAAAGUUGCCUGAACACGCUGAAGAGACUGUAGGCGCAACGAAUAUCGAGACUGUCGAAGACAAAAGUAAUAAAUCUUUGGAGAAAUUACCAGAUGCGACAGAGAUGCCUAGGGAGUGUACAGAAUACGUUACAGCCGCCAGUAUAGUUAAUUCUGCUCAAGUUAAAUCUACACGGUUGAAGAGUUGUAAUUCUCCUGCUAGAGUAUCCAGUCCAAGUAGUUCGUUGGCAUCAUCCUUAGACGGUCUUGCAGCUCGACUUCGAGAUUUCGAUGAAAGUCAUUCUUUGCCACCACCGUCACCUCGUCCAUCCACCAGAUUACCCAGAAGUUCGCCCAGUAGUCCAGCGCCUUCGAAGAAAGGUAAAAGACCAGCAUCUGCUUCGCCAAUUAGAAGAAGACUUUUAUCGAGUCCUUUGUUAAGUAGAAAAGCACGAAAAAGUCGAGGCGAGAGUUCAGACGAGGAAGGACUUUUACAAGACGAUUCGUCAACGAAUUACAGAGAUCUCGAAACGUUCCAAAAGGCACAGUUACGACAAAAGUUAAAGCAGAAAGGUGCAGGGAUAUCUGGUAACAAAUCAGAAGCAGUGCGGCGGGAGCUUGUGAUGCACAAUAAAGCACCUAUGUGGAAUGAAUCCAGUCAAGUAUAUCAGCUUGACUUUGGUGGCAGAGUAACUCAAGAAAGUGCUAAAAACUUUCAAAUAGAGUUCAAAGGGCGACAGGUCAUGCAAUUUGGAAGGAUAGAUGGAAACGCCUAUACAUUGGAUUUUCAAUAUCCUUUCAGCGCGUUACAAGCAUUUGCCGUUGCUUUGGCCAAUGUUACACAACGACUCAAAUAAUCGUUGGUUACCGGUAAUUCAUUUGGUACAAGUUCGCGUGUGACAUUGUAAAAGCGAAUUCUAAGAAUAUCGCUUGGAGCGUAUGCUGUAAUUGCAUAAAUUAUUCGUCCAAAUUAAACCAAACGAAGAAACAGAAGAAAAAUAGCGCGAGUGUUAGGAAUGCUAAAAAACUGUAACAAUAUGCUACACAUAGUAAAAAAGAAAAUACAAAAGUCACUUUUAAAUAUAGCUUUUGAACACGUUAUAGAGCCACAUGUCUUUCUAUUAUUAAGACUACUAGUGACGAACUGGAAUAAAUCAUUGAGUAAACGAACAAGCGUUCAAUCACGAUACAGAGAUCCUUUCAUGGACAUCUGAAAGUUGAGGGAAGCUCAUAGCCUUGCAGCGCCCUGUAGCGCGAUAGAAAAGAUAUGAAGAGAAAUUUGGGAAAAAAGAAAAAGAUGAAGGAGAAGAAAAAGGAGAAGUAGAAAAAGAAGAAGAAAAAGGUAAAGGAAAAGCAGAAGAAGGAGAAGGAGAGAAAGAUAGAAACGUAAAACCUCCCGAAGGCCUUACGCGAAAGUCUCUCGAAUCAGCACCUUCAAGUUAAAAUAACACGAUACGUCAGUUCGCAGAAUCUCUUUUUAGCAAAUGUACAAUUGAGAGUGAUUUGAAUUUGAGCGGAACACAAAGAUUUUGUGACAAGGAACCGUGGUAAAAAAGAUAAAAUUUUGUUGAAAUGCUUCUUCGUCGUACCGUCCAAAAUAUUUCGUUUCUCCCAACUUCGAGCGCUGAUUUUUGUAUAGUUUAUGCGACACGUUGAAGUCUAGUGAUGCUGUUGAAAGUUCGUCUCGUUCAUUUUUGCGGUCCGCCGAGUAUAUUCGAAUUUUAUAUACAUAUAUAUAUAUAUAUAUAUAUAUAUAUAGACGGACUCGCAUAACCAUGCGAGUGUUUCAUGUUGUUCGAUUAAAUGUUUCUUAAGGCGUAUUGUAAAAUGAGAAAAGAAAAAGAAAUAAAUAAAAAAGUAACGAUAACGCUAAAUGAUAUAACGUCCGACCUGUGCUCGUUCUCGCCGAAGCAUGGAAGACGAAAAGGGCAAAUUAAAGAAGAAAGAAAAGACCAAUUAAAAGGAUGUAACUAGACAGUGCAAGAGGGAGGGUAUUCCGCCAGUAUGCCAAUGUGUAUACGCAACAAACUAACUGUCGUCUGUACUUAAUCCAUUAUCGUUGUAUUUCAUUCGCCUAAUUAUAAGUAAUGUGAACAAGAAAGAAGGAAGAAAUGAAGAAGGAAAGAAAAAGAGAAAUAUCGAUUUCAGGCCUACACGAAAAACGCUUAAGGAAUAGUUAUUUUUUCGUCGAAUCGAAAUUUCGAGAGUGGGGCGCCUGAAACGAUAGCAAACGAGGAUGCGAGCUGUGUAAUAACACAAUUGUAAUUUUUGUUGCCAUAUUCUUAUAUGUGAUUCAUGCGCGCGUCUAAAACGGCGACACGAAUAUCAAAGUCGUAAAAGCACUUGCUAACGUAAAUACGUAAGACAAAUGAAGCUGUAGAACAACUUGGUUUCUUACAAAACGGUGCGUGUUAUACUGGUUGUAACCCUAUUUUUUGCAGACAUGUAUGUACAUACAAGCAAUUUUAAUAAGGCAGGUUUUUUUUCGACGAUGUUUACAAUUAAUUAUAUUCAGGCCGCCCCGUAUUCACGAGUUAGCGAUAAAUAUACAAAUAUUUAUGCCACGUAUUGACAGUAAUCGUCGGUAUACAUAUAGAACCGCUAAAUCGUACGGUUAAUUUGAUUUUUAGGCAACGCUGUAUGUUGAAUUAUAUUAUCGUCACCAGUAGUAGAUAGCACGUUAUAAAGUACGUGAUGUAUCAUCAACAACAAGUUGGUUUUUCGUUGAUACACUGUUGCAUUUGCACCGUGAAACACAAGACGCUAAUUCAUGGAAUAAAUAACAGCAUGCGUUAGGCUACGCAUAUACAGAGAGCGGUAAGUGGUAAGUGUCAACAUUUUUAUUGGCUUUGCCUUUAUUGUCACAUGCCACUGGUUUUAUCGCUGUAUCGCCUACCGCUUAUCUCUCUCUCUGUACGUCCACGACCUUAGCGCGUGUGAAAAAAUUUUUUAUUUCGAGUUUAUAGAGGAGUAAUGAACAUUUGAAAACGAGAAAAAUGCAAAACACACAUGUUCGAAACAAUGGUAUCGAUCGAUUGAAUUAUAUAAUCAUUUCUUGAUGUUCUUUCGAGUGUUUCCUUAAAAUUCUCCAUGAGUUCGUGCGUAUGUCAAAGAAUGUUUUGUACGAGCGAUCGUUGCAACGUUUUCUUCCUCUAAUGUGUUUUAUCUAAGAUUCUAUUCUAGAGAAAAAUUUUUACUAUUGAUUAAUAUGACUAUCUGCUACAUAAACUAUGCUGUAAAACUUCCAAAAAUAUUGUCUUUAUCUUUAAAAAUAUUAUUUCGUAGAUAUACGGUUAUUUACUUAUUGGUUAAUAUGUACUCCCCAUAUGAUAGAUUUUACUAUAGCUGUCGACCAUGCGUCAUCGCAACAAUUAUAAGUCAAUUUAUACUUUUCGGUAUGGUCGCACGAUGUACGAGUUUUCAUCAGUGAAGGGAUUAGGAAGAAAACACGAAAACGUGCAGAGGAAACAGAAAAAGAAUAUUGCGUCACGUUACGGUGAAAGCUUCGCGAUAAUUAACUUUUCAUAGCUGCACGAACUUUUGAUAUCAAGGAAAGAAUCGCAUCAAUGUGACCUAUUUACCUUUCACAUACGUUACGUCCUUAUUACACCCGCCGAGCAAGACGGACUUGAGUCACGCUACAUACAAACAACAUCUAUAUCAAUGAUUAGUCAUUUCCGCCACGCACUAGUUUCUCCUUGAAGAUCUAAUAACGAUUAACACCUGUGUCAUCAUUGAUGACAGUAUUCACGCAUAAAUGAAAAUUCAUGCG